UUUUUAUUUUCGUCUCCCCGUCAUUUUGCUUCACCUCGUUAUAUUCUCCGAGACGAAGCGCACUAAACCUGUUCAUCCUUUCACCUACCAUCUGCCACUACCGGAGAGGCGGAGACGAACAGCAAGUCAACAACGAAAGAAACAUUCCCAAAAACUCCGAUCCCCGGAACAUCAUCCUAAAUCCUUAGCUACUCCUCCUCCUGAAACCAGCCAUGGCUUUGGAGAAGAUCAAGGUUGCUAACCCCAUCGUGGAGAUGGACGGAGAUGAAAUGACCCGAAUCAUCUGGAAGUCCAUUAAGGAUAAGCUUAUUCUUCCCUUUUUGGAAUUGGACAUAAAGUACUUUGACCUUGGCCUUCCACAUCGUGAUGCAACUGAUGAUAAGGUUACCGUUGAGAGCGCUGAGGCUACUCUCAAGUACAAUGUUGCAAUCAAGUGUGCAACAAUUACACCAGACGAAGAUCGAGUCAAGGAAUACACGUUGAAAAGUAUGUGGAGGAGCCCAAAUGGGACAAUCAGAAACAUUUUGAAUGGUACUGUGUUCAGAGAACCAAUUAUUUGCAAAAAUGUCCCUCGGCUAAUUCCAGGUUGGACUAAGCCUAUCUGCAUCGGUAGGCAUGCUUUUGGUGAUCAAUAUAGAGCAACAGAUUCUGUCAUUAAAGGGCCUGGCAAACUCAAAUUGGUCUUUGUUCCAGAAGGUGAAGGUGAGAAGCAAGAUAUAGAAGUCUACAAUUUCACAGGUGCUGGUGGUGUAGCUUUGUCCAUGUACAACACAGAUGAGUCAAUCCGUGCAUUUGCUGAGGCUUCUAUGACCACUGCUUUUGAGAAGAAGUGGCCUCUUUAUCUUAGCACAAAAAAUACAAUUCUGAAGAAGUAUGAUGGAAGAUUCAAGGACAUAUUUCAAGAAGUAUAUGAAGCCAGCUGGAAGACGAAGUAUGAGGCUGCUGGUAUAUGGUAUGAGCAUCGGCUCAUCGAUGAUAUGGUAGCUUAUUGCCUUAAGAGUGAAGGGGGCUAUGUGUGGGCAUGCAAGAAUUAUGACGGAGAUGUGCAGAGCGAUAUGUUAGCCCAAGGCACGUUUUGGAUCUCUUGGAUUGAUGACUUCGGUACUGGGAGAACUUUUAAUCGUUCUCCUGCUGUACUUCAUGCGCUUGAGAUUUUAAGCCAUUAUUGCUCAUUGUUGUUGGUGUGCCCAGAUGGAAAGACUAUAGAGGCAGAGGCAGCACAUGGUACAGUCACCCGCCAUUACAGGGUUCACCAGAAAGGUGGUGAAACCAGCACAAACAGUAUUGCAUCUAUCUUUGCUUGGACAAGAGGACUUGCACACAGGGCAAAGUUGGACGACAAUGCUGGACUCUUGGAUUUCACCCAGAAGCUGGAAGAAGCAUGCAUCGGAACGGUAGAGUCGGGCAAGAUGACCAAAGAUCUUGCUCUGAUUAUUCAUGGAUCCAAGUUGAGCAGGGACACUUACCUUAACACGGAGGAGUUCAUCGAUGCUGUUGCUGCUGAGUUGAAGGCUAAGCUCUCUGCAUGAUCACAGACGCCAAUUGCAGGCCUCGGAGUACACUUUGGAAAGUUGGGAGAAAACUCAUUUUGGGGUCACAAAAUAAGAAAAAGGUAUGCUGGAUAUGGGAGAUCAAUUGAACUUGUGAUCUGGAUUAGAUGUUUUUAGUGGGACUUUUAUUCUUAUCGAACCUCGAGGUUUGGAUGUCCUUUAUCGUUUAAAGAACCCACUGCACAUUCUGUUGCGUUUCUUUCAUGCUUGUUGGAUUCACUGAAGUGCAAAGGCAAGUUCUUUUCGAUCAUAACUAUGCUGCAAGAUAAUGCUCAAAGCCUACUACUUUGCACCAAAUGCACGGGAGCGGUUACGGUGAAUACUACAAAAUAGUAAUCACCAUGGU